AUGGUCCUGGUUGAUCGUGAGGGAUAUGCCCACGAAGGCUAUGCCGUCUCAGGGGGAAAACCUAUGGGCGUGAUCGUCAGGCCGGAUCAUACCAUUGGCGGCGUAAUGUUCGGAGUCGAGGGCAUGACACGGUAUUUGCGAGGCAUCUUUGCAUCAGUAUGA